AUGUUUAACAGAGUGGAAUUUAUUCUUGUCAAUGAAAUUUCUGAGUUGUUGAUUCAUCUUGUGAACAUUAUAUCCACUUUAGCUUUUGGAAUUCUUCCAAUUCAUAUCGAUAAUUUUGGUCACAUUGGAGGAGUAAUAUCAGGGUUUCUGCUUGGAUUUGUAUUGCUGAUUCGCCCUCACUAUAAAUCGGAUAUUCCAACAAACUCUCAUCCUGCUCCUCCUGUUUACAAAUUUUAUCAGCAUGCCCUCUGGAUGAUCUCUUUCGUACUACUCGGUGUUGGAUUGAUAGGCGAGAUGGUUUUGUUACUUAAAGGGGUUAACUUCAAUGAUUACUGCUUAUGGUGUCGCUAUUUAACUUGUGUCCCUAUCUCAAAAUGGAGAUGUUAAUCACACAAACUUUCUUAUCAGGUAUCCCAAAUCAGAAACCAACUUGACAUCAGAUGCUUGAUCAAUGGCAGAAGUAGCAUUUUUCCUUAGUCAAACAGUUACGAGCAGACUGAAUAGUUGUGUCAUCGCUUUUCCGGUUUAUUAAUACAUAAAUACUA